AAAAUCUUAUUUCAGUAUUAUUACAAGAAUUUUAGGGUACACAUUGAUAAACUACGUGGUCCACAAUGUGGGAUAAUAUGAUAGAAUAUUUAAAAGACCCUUUAUUAGUGGUUAAAGUGCAGAACUUUUUCGGUGUUAUUUACAAAAGUGCGCGUGACUCUCGCGAUGAAAGUGAAGUGGUGCAUUCGGAGCGACUGGAGCGGGAAGCCGAGGAGUUCGACAUCAGGCAGCACAAGCGUAUCCCCAGCGACACCUCCAGCUCUUCACAGCUAUCCUACGAUACGGACGCUUCGGAUCCGCAACCGCAACCGGAAGAAGUAGUGUGCCUCAUAAAUAACAAAUUCUGGUAUUAUGUGUUCGUGCUGGGGACGGCGCUCGGGGAUGAAAUAUUCUACGCCACGUUUAUUCCUUUCUGGUUCUGGAACAUUGAUGGAGCUGUAGGACGGCGAGUUGUCCUUGUUUGGACAGUUGUUAUGUACAUAGGCCAAGGUUUCAAAGAUAUCAUUAGAUGGCCACGACCAGGAUACCCAGUCAAAAAGCUGCAACAGAAGUGGGCUAUAGAAUAUGGGAUGCCUUCGACACAUGCUAUGGUGGGAGUGUCCAUACCAUUCUCCGUACUGUUGUACACCAUAGACCGGUACCAGUAUCCCAUACACUGGGGAGCCAUCAUAGCGGUCUCAUGGUGCACUCUCAUCUGUGUCAGCAGAGUUUAUCUUGGCAUGCAUAGUGUCUUAGACAUAGCAGCAGGUCUGCUAUUGUCGUCAGGGCUGCUCGUGGGCCUGAUCCCCCUGGUUGACCGCCUGGACGGCUGGCUGCUCACCAGCUAUGCGGCUCCAUGCUUCGUCAUUGCAGUCUCGAUCCUCGUCAUUGUGUUCCAUCCAAAUGCUGACAAGUGGACGCCUACCAGAGGCGACACGACGAUGAUAGUGUCGGUGUGCGCGGGCAUCCUGCUCGGGUCGUGGACCAACUACCAGCUGGGCAAUAUGGUCGCCAGCCAAGACACGCCGCCCUACCGGAUCAUCUGGCCCUCCAACGACAUGCUGGGCUGCACCAUACUCAGAACAAUACUAGGCUUCUGCGGCGUGGUGGCGACGCGAGCGAUUGCAAAGUCCUUCUCCUACGCGUUCGUAUGCGCUCUCUUAGGCAAGGACAAGAACGAACUGCGCAACUCCGAGGACAGCCUCGACAACAAGAACAAGAUCUUCGUCGAGCUCUGCUACAAGUACUUCACGUACGGCAUGAUCGGGUUCAACACCACGUAUGUCUUCCCCAACGUGUUUGACCUGCUAAAAAUCAACAGGCCCACGUACUACACGGAGAUUUGAUUCUAGUCACAACCGUGCAUCGGUCCAAAGUUGGUUUUUGACUGUUGUUAGAGAGAAUUCUCAAAAGAAAUACAAAUUAUCUUGUACAGGGUGUAAUUAACACCGUAACGAAUACUGAGGGGGAAGUUAAUAUCACAUCGCAAAAGUUUGUAACUCAAUUUUGCGACGGAAAAUUCCACUUGAUACCAACUCAGAAUAAUGAUCCGAGUCAUCCCCCAAAGUUUUCGUUACGGUAUCACUAACUCUAUAGCUUGAUUAGAAUGACAGCUACAUUUUCCGCGUCUCUUUCGCACUAUGUCGUAUGCUAUAUCUCUGUCCUGCUGUCAUUCUUAUUCAAGCUUAAGAUUACAGAAGUAAAAUUCGAAUAUUGAAAUUAUUGGAUAUACUUAAUUUUUAUUUAAAGUGAUAAACAACGAGUGCGCGACACGUUAUUCUCUCUAUCCAUAGACUAAACCUUUAACUUUUUUGCAUCGAAGGCUUUACUAAGUACUGUUAGUAAGUCAGGUACCUAUAACUGAAUCUAACCAAAAAGAAAUGCACAAAACAUUUUGUAUAAAGUUAGGUGCCUAUUCUGACACAACUUAAUUAUAUUUUAAUCUGAUAGUUCUAAAAAAUAGUGCCGUCCUUCACGUAUGACGAGUGCAAGACAGAGAUAAAGCUAGUUUUAGAAUUGUGAUACUAAAUUACAAUUAAGUUGUUGUCUGCAAUAAUCAGCAUCAAUUUUAUCUUUGUAGCAUAAAAUUUAAUUUUGAAUAAAUUCAAAGUUAUUCAAAUAAAAGAAGUUUAAAAUCUGCAUUAUUUAAAUUAGAUUCGGUAGAAUGACAUCACAAAUAUUCAGUUUUAAGAUAAUAUCGAAUAUGAACUGCAAAGUCUAUGUUUAAGAGAUAAUUAAGUAAAAAUUCACUUGCUUGUCUGUUCGUGUCAAAUGUGCAUAAACCGUUAAUGGUUUAUUGCCAGGGGCCUGUUUCAUAAAACUUACAAUUGUAAAUUACAACGACAAUUUGGUGUUCAUUACGUAGCUAAUAUGAAGCUGCGAAAUAUUUGUCAUCACACACUCCGCAAUGUACAUCAAAUGUCUUUGUAAUUUACAAUUGUCAGUUUUAUGAAAUAGGCCCCAGAUCACAUUUAGUUAAGAAAGUAUAAUAUUUACAUUAUGUUAAUGUAAUUAAUAUGCGACUGAAGGCCUAGGAGUUUCAGAGAUUAUUGUACCAAAACUUUUUUGUCUUAAGUCUGACCAGAAACAAAAAAAACUUUUGUUAUUGGCUGGGUGCGAAGUACGGGGUGGGAGAACCACGAAUCGAUUGCAGCGCGCGCCGCGGUCAAAACGGAACUUUCGCCAGACCACCUGUCACUUUAAUAGCGGCAUUUACGUACCGUGCCGUGCAUUAUUGAGUAAAAAAAAUAAACAUGUAUCGAAACCUGCUGCAUAGUUAAGUGCAAGAAUAAUGGCAAAAACACUGUUCACACAUUCUAUUUUCCACAAGCAAGUUGGAAACGAGACUACAGCCAUGAAAAGGUCCUCAAAGUUAUUGAUUUUGCCAUUUUUGACGGGAAAUAAAAAUGUUCAACAUCAUUCUCGACACCAUAGAUUUACAUAAUCGAAUACAAGAAAUAUAAAUUACGUCAUUUCAAAAAUACUGAUUAUUUACUUACUCUUCGUAAAGACAGCUAGCCAUUUCACAGUCGGUCAUAAUAUGUACGUAUAGGGUAGUUUCCAACUAGUCAAAUCAGUUACUUUUUACUAGACGACAAAACACGAAAUUACCAUGGAAUUUGUAUGAAAAAGCAACCUGUGAUGGGCUUUUCGGCGGGAAACGGGAACGGGACAGUUGCUUUCUUCAUUGAGUAAUCUAAAUAAUUAAUACGAAGUGGUGUUUUGUGGUUAAUGAUCGUAUUAAGUUAGUCGGAAGACAUUCGCGAGUGUUAUUAUAUUGGAGUAUUCAAUAAACAAAGUGUAUCUGCCUAUUUUCGCUUCGUGCCGGGAAGCCGCUUCAUAACUCAAAAGUUUAUGCGGACUUUUGAGUUAAUUCGUUUGGGGUUCGGAGUAGGAGUCUACUCCGAGGGUGGGGGCUUAGGUUUCAUCAUCAUCACCUUUCAUCAUUUCAUUAAUCAUCAAGAAAAAAAAUACGUCAGACAUGGCUGUAUGGGCAUAGUUCCCUUUGCCUUACCCUUCGGGGAAAACCAAAACAAAAAAAAAAAACAAAAAAAAAAAACAAAAAAAAGCAACCUGUGAUGUCAUAGAAAAACUGUGACAAAAUGUUGCACUUAUUAAAAUUCACAAAUAGAUUAAAUAGAAAAAAUGUAAUGUUUUUGUCAGUUUUAAAUCUGUCUUUAUUUAGUUAUCAUAAUUUCAUAAUUUAUCUUUGACAUAGGAAAGUACCCAAUUGUAACCGCUAGUUGGCGCUGGCAUCGCACACCCAGCGAAUAACUUAUUUUGUUUUGGCGUUUCAUCACAACAUUGGUUUUUAUGGAAUAAGUGUUUAUUUUGGUAUGUAUAAUUACAUAGAAAACUUGCUGUUUAUUGAGAAGGCCAUGGGAUAAUUAUUUAAUUAUACAUACCUACCAGCUUUUUUAUAUUUUCCCGGUCGUUAGGUUUCAUAAUAGUAUUAUUGAUAAUACAUUCCAUUGGUGUCGCUACGAAUGUCGUGAAUCUAAAUAACUAAAAAAAAAAACAACAAAAGUAAUACAGGGUGUUAGUGACAUCGCAUCGUAACGAAUACUGAGGGGGAUGUUUCAGACCAUGAUUCUGGGUUAAUAUCGAGUGGAAUUUUCCGUCACAAAAUUCAUGUCAUUUUUUUUAAUUUUUUUUCAGAUCCAUACUUUUGCGACGGAAAAUGCCAUUUGAUAUUAGCUCAGAAUCAUGGCCUGAAUCAUCCCUCUGAGUGUUCGUUACGAUGUCACUAACACCCUGUAUAAUUAUAUUGCUACGUAUAUUGCUUCUCUUUAUUUUGAUCAGAAUGGGUGGAAAAUGUAAUUGUGGCUGGGUGUAAUAAAAAGGGUCCAUAUAGAUACCCUAAAAAACAAAGUAUGAAAUAUGCAUGUAUUAAACGAAGGUUAAACGAAGAAAAAACUGUACAGCGCCAUCUAUAUUGAUUUUGAGAAACAUAGCCUGGAAAGUCCCUCAAUAAAAGACGCAUAAAUUGAGUUUUGUAAUCAUCAUGUGAGAUGGAGCAAUUUCAAAUGCUUCCUUAUUAACUAUUUCUAAGAUUUACUAAGGCCGAUACAAGGCGACUCACGGCAAUGCAUUUAAUUUACACGAUCGAUCAUAUAUUGCACAAAACACAAAGGUAUACAUGUCGAUGUGUACGGAUCAAGUCACAUUAAUGUAUGGACACUAUCAUAUCACUUUCUUGAUAUGCACGUAGAUCCGCCUAGAUAUAUCUUGUUUGUUUUUGUAUAUCAACAUGUGCUCGCCAAUCCAGUGCCUUUUGUUAAUAUGUUUAUUAUUAAUGUUUGUUAACUAUGUAUAUUUAUAAUACACGGCUACUGUAAAUUAGCAAACACUACGUGGCUGGCUUUGCACACUGACGUAUCUGCAUUUUUGCUAAAAUAAUUUGUGUCUUAUUGACGAUAGCAAAAGGUGCAAAUCAUUUUCGCUAAAAAAAUUAGAUACGUCAGUUUGUGACGUCAUCGACAACUUUAUGGAAGACGGAAAGGUCUCAGUUUUUUUUUUUGACGUGACUUAUUGUAGAUUUGCCGCAGAUGGCAUUAACUACUUGGCCGGACAAAUGGGGAGCGCUGAAAGCUCUCACCCGGUACAACGUUUAAGACAACAGGCCUGAGGGUGCCCAGUUGGGCGCGAACCUCGGUUCAGGGCGUCGUCUGAGAGGAAAAAUAUUUGAAAGAAUUAAUCGACCCUAGUGGGUCAAUAGGGAUAAGCGCUGAAUGAGGGAAAUCGUCGACCACGCCGGCGGGGUCGGUAUCGGGGCCCUGAAGUGUUUGGUGUCGCGAGCUGAUUGGCUGCCUCUAUGGCGAAAGGUCUCAGUGUGUCUCUGUGAGUAUGAAGUCUUAGUACCUUCAAACUCAAGUUCUUCAACGUCAAUAUAAGGGGGGGUUAAAAUGGCCACAUCAAAGCAAUUCAUCUAAGAAAACAAUGUUGCUAUUUAACAUUUGAUUGCAUUGCGCACUAACUUUUAUAUGCGCAAAUGUCAAAUUACAAUAUUGUUUUUUUAGAUGAAUUGCUUCAAUGUGGCCUUUUUAACCUCCUCAGUUCUUCCUUGUCGUAUAUAAGUACUUGAGCAAAAUCUGUUUCGCCGUGGACAUUGUCAUUAUCCUGUUUUUCACAGGGGCCGCUUACCUAACCUGAAGAUUUGACAGGUUCGGGUUUUUACAAGAGCGAAUAUAGAAAACUCAUUACACUGUACUGUAAUUAUUAAGUCGAUUCGAAUAUCUAUAAAUAGGUAUUUUUUAUACUACCUAUGAAUAAAAAGUUCGAUAAAUACAGCCCUUUAAACUUAGUACGGACGGACCAUUGGGACGGACAGUUUCAAUCAUUUAUUCCGCAAACAAUAUACCUACAUUGUGUUGGAAUGUCUUACAAAAUAAAUAGAUCACAAAUUACAAUUUAGGAAUCACACUGUAGGGAUAUAAAUAUCAACUUAAAAAUAUCAUAGUCAUGCGAGAGAGUUAGACAGCGUAGGCUUGGUAAUAGGGUCCCGUUACGGUAGAUACGGCACCCUAAAAAAGCUAACAUUUAACACAACAAAGUACUAGCCAUUUAAAUGAAUGCCAACCGGCUUAUAUUACAGUAGCCGUGUGUUCGUGUAAUGUUUGUGAUAGAGAGCGAGAUGUGAUAACUUACAAUAUAUUACUGCCAUACAAUAAACGUUAUUUGCACCGCUUAAAA